UCCAGUUUUCAAGUGUUUCCUGCUGGCACAUAACAGAACUAGUUACUACCAAAUCAAAUCUAGUUAUUACCAUUUUUAGUGGUCUCCAAUUUCCAACAUCUUUGCUUUAGUUUUUAUCUCUUUUACCUUUAUUCCAUUCUAAUCUCCAUUAAACUUCAUCGUUUCUGAUUUUUUUUCACUUGCACCCAAAAAUCAAUUCAAUCCCAAAUUCCUUUUUAAAUCAUAAGAUCCAUUCCAUAAGAAACAAAACCCAUGAUUUGAUUUGUUGAAUAAACCCUUCAAAACAUUGUAAUUGUCUCUGCGUUUUCCUCUGUUUGAUUCCGGGAAGAUGACAAAAUGUUUCAGUUUCACAGCAUCAAGAGAUUGGUGGUACAGAUACACAUUCUCAUACGCAGGUUUGAAAUCGGUGACAACAAAUCUAGGAGAGGGAACAACAAUGCAUUGUUGGAUACCAAAAAUCAUUAAACCAGCAAAACCAAAUAUAUUGAUCCAUGGAUUCGGUGCUAAUGCAAUGUGGCAAUGGGGUAAUUAUCUUAGACCCUUAAUUCCCCGCUUCAACGUAUACGUUCCCGACUUGUUAUUCUUCGGUGAAUCAUAUACGACUCAUUCAGAAAGAACUGAGCAUUUCCAAGCUCAAUGUUUGAAGAAAUUGAUGGAGAGUUUUGAGGUUCAGAAAAUGAGCUUAGUUGGUGUGAGUUAUGGUGGUUUUGUUGGGUAUAGUUUAGCGUCGCAGUAUCCGGAUACGAUCGAGAAAGUCGUAUUGUGUUGUUCUGGUGUUUGUUUAGAGGAGAAAGAUAUGAAAGAUGGUUUGUUUAAGGUUUCAGAUUUAGAUGAAGCUGCUAGUAUUUUGUUGCCUCAAACACCUGACAAGUUGAGAACUCUUGUUAAAAUGUCAUUUGUUAAGCCUGCUGCUGCUAAGUCCGUUCCGUCUUACUUUAUUCGCGAUUUCAUUCAGGUGAUGUGUACACACUACAUAGAAGAGAAGAGAGAUUUGAUUCAAAAUAUACUUAAAGAUCGACAAUGUUCAAAUCUUCCUAAGAUGAAUCAGCCGACAUUGAUAGUAUGGGGAGAGGAAGACCAGGUAUUCCCUCUGGAAUUGGGGUACAGAUUACAAAGGCAUUUAGGAGAUAAUGCAGAACCAGUAGUGAUCAAGAAUGCGGGGCAUGCUGUAAAUUUGGAGAAAACCAAAGAAUUUUUGAAGCACUUGAAAGCUUUCCUCACAGACAAAGGUCCAGCAGUACAUGAUCAAAAUUCUCACAAUUCCGUAAAAGACCACAUAAAUGGCAAGAAUGAUGGAGAUUGUUGAACUAGUUAAAGAUCGUGGAUAUAGCAUGAAGAACCUGGAAACAGUUUUCGGCAACUUACUCAAGUGUUGAAUUUGAGCAUGCUGCAACUUAUCUCUAAAAUUAGUUGAAAGACCAAAGUUACAACAGUUGGAAUUUUCUAGGUUAAGAAACUGUUUCUCGUAAUCCGGUGGACACAUUUGCAGGAUAUUAUAUACUGAGGCAGUCUCCUGUUGGUUUUCAAACUGUAACCACAAACAAUCUGCUAUCAAAUUUUACUAGCGGUCGCAGUAUUCUAACUCUGUUGUUCAUCUUUCAUCAGAACAUGAAGUUUCUACAGAAUCUGCAAUUCUCUUCACAAACGAAGGAAAGUUGGUUCUAAGUAAAACGCCAGAUACUAAAGAGCUACCCUUAAUACCCGACAUACAAGAGCCAGUAUCAUAUGCAAUGAUGCAUGAUAAUGGCAACUUUGUAUUCUGUGGUUCAAAAUCUCAAAUUGUUUAUGAAAGUUUCAAUCAUCCUACCGAUACCAUUCUCGGCGGUCAAAUGCUAAGAGA